AUGAGAAAAAUAAACAAAAAACUUAGAAGCUUGUGCAUUAACAUUGCUGGAGAUGGUGAAACUAGCUACACCAACAAUUCUGCCCCUCAGAAAAUAGGGAUAUUGAAAUCAUUGCAUGUACUGGAUGAAGCAAUCAAAGAUAUGAUAACCAAUAUCGGCUUCCCAAAAUGCUUCAAGAUAGCUGAUUUAGGCUGUUCAUCGGGCCCUAAUAGUCUUUCCGUAAUUUCUCGUAUAAUUGAAAAAAUCGAACAUCUCUCCAAAGAAAACAAUAAUGAGUAUGAAGUGUUUCUGAGUGACCUAUAUGGAAAUGACUUCAACAACCUCUUCAAAAUGCUCCCCGAUUUUUACGAAAAACUCGACAUUAGUAAUCCAAGUACAAGAUGCUUCGUAUCGGGUUUGCCGGGUUCGUUCUACGGCCGCCUAUUCCCAUCCAAUAGCCUCGAUUUUGUUUAUUCAUCCUAUAGUCUUCAUUGGCUCUCCCAGGUUCCUAAAGGAGUGGAAAGCAACAAAGAAAACAUACACAUAGCUAAAAAGAGUCCACCGGAGGUAUUUGAAGCGUAUUCGAAGCAAUAUAACAAAGAUUUGACCAAUUUUCUUGAGUCAAGGGGCCUAGAAGUGGUCAAGGGGGGUCGUAUGGUGUUGACUUUCUCCGGUGGAAGCAUCGAUGGUCAAUCUAUAGGAGAUAUCGAGUGCUUACAGUUCACCAUUCUAGCCGAUACACUCGUUGACAUGGUCGCUGAGGGGCUGAUCAAGGAGGCCGAUUUGUAUUCGUUCAACUUGCCUAUGUACGCACCAAGCAAGCAAGAAAUCGAGGAAAUAGUUCUUAGUGAAGGGUCGUUUAAUUUGGACAAACUCGAUGAAUUUGUGCUCCCGUGGGAUGUUCAUGUUACGAGUACCGAUAAUCUAGACGCCAAGUAUAGAAUUGGGGAACUUGUGUUGAAGUUCAUUCGGGCUUUCACCGAGCCAAUCUUGGCCGCGCAUUUCGGGUGCUCCGUCAUGGAUGAGGUUUACGGAAGGUACGGAAAGAAAUUGGGAGAGCUUCAAUCCGAGUAUGCACCACCGUUCCCCAAUGUGGUCAUUUGCUUAACUAAGAAAUGAAUAUUAUUAACCACGCGCGGUUAAUUAAUCUAUGCUACACACAACAAAAUUUAAACUGUUUAGAUCUUUGUCGUUCAUUUAAUAAAUGAUACAGAUCUACCGAAUGUAUCUCAUCCAGUGUAUUGUACAAAUUUGUAAUAUUUUUAUUUUCAUUUAAAUGGGAACUUGUGGGAGCUCCAUUACGGAUUAA